AUGAAUGAAGGCCGGCGCUGGCGAAUGAAUGGGCUCCGAGGUGGGUGGGGAGCCGCCUUCGGCGGAGCGCACGGGCUGGGGGCGGCGGGCGCGCACCGCCUGGCUGCGCUCCUGCCUCCUGCCCCGCCGCGCACGCUGCGCUCAGGGCGCCCAGGCCCGUCCCCACUGCUCCCGCCCGCGGAGAAGGGUGACUCCCUCCCGGCCUCGCCCCGCGGUCGGAGGCACGCUGCCGCUGCGCACACCUGGCCCCCGUGCCGCCUGCUCCCUGCGAGUCCUCCCCUCCCCGCCCUCGCCCGCCUGCCCGCCAUGGACGGGCCCGCUGAACCCCGGAUCCCAGGCUCGUGGGACAACUACAACGAAGGCUUCUCGAAGAUCAGCGAGAACUUGCCCGGAGAAUACUUCCGGUACAAAGGCAUCCCUUUCCCCGUGGGCAUCUACUCAGCCGAGAGCAUCAGCACGGUGGAGAACGCGCUGGAAGUGCGGGACGACGACAUCUUCAUCGUCACCUACCCCAAGUCAGGCACCCACUGGAUGAUUGAGAUUCUCAGCUUAAUCCUGAAGAACGGGGACCCCUCGUGGAUCCGCUCGGUGCCCAUAUGGGAGCGCGCACCCUGGUGUGAGACCAUCAUGGGCGCCUUCAGCCUCCAGGACCUGCCCAGUCCUCGCCUCAUGAGCUCACACCUCCCCAUCCAGCUUUUCCCCAAGGCUUUCUUCAACUCCAAGGGCAAGGUGAUCUACGUGGGCCGGAACCCCCGCGACGUGGUGGUCUCUCUCUAUCACUACUCCAAGAUAGCUGGGCAGUUGAAGGACCCUGGCAAACCAGAACAGUUUCUGCAGGACUUCCUCAAUGGUGAAGUGCAAUUCGGCUCCUGGUUCGAUCACAUUAAGGGAUGGAUUCGGAUGCGGGACAAAGAGAACUUCCUGUUUCUCACCUAUGAGGAGCUCCAUCAGGACCUCAGCGGCUCGGUGCAGCGCAUCUGCAAGUUCCUGGGUCGGCCUCUGGACUCCGAGGCGCUGGACUCGGUCGUGGCACACUCGACCUUCGGCGCCAUGAAGGCCAACAACAUGUCCAACUAUACGCUGCUGCCGCCCAGCCUGCUGGACCACCGCCACGGAUCCUUCCUCCGGAGAGGGGUCUGCGGAGACUGGAAGAACUACUUCACUGUGGCGCAGAGCGAGACCUUCGACCGCGUCUACCGCGAGCAGAUGCGGGGCCAGCCGACCUUCCCCUGGGACGAGGCCUCGAAGGACGCCAGCCCAGAAGGCGAACCCAGCCCUGACCAAGACCCUGAGACCCCUGAUCCUCGACCCUAA